UUUUCACCAUCUUCUCCUGCUCCCUCAGCAGUGAUAAGGCGAUUUCUCAUGCAUUUUUGGAGCGGACCUCUCGCAUUUCAAGGGCUAGAUUCCCCUCACUCCUGGCUUUCCAAUGAGCCCUCAGUUGUCCAAUUUGGCCCAGUAGUUGUGGAGAUAUGGAGGUUUUGUGUUUUGGAGAGGUUGUGGAUUAGAAUGCUUAUCCUGGGAGAUCUAGAGCAUGUCCCCUCUCGCUUUUUUGGCCAUAUAGCAUCCCUCAGUGGCUCUUGCCAUCGCGCCAUUCAUCCCCUUGAUCAGACCAGUCCUUGGGUCUCAACUGCCUACCCCCUCCUCAUACCCCCUCCGCACUUUUGCCUCUCUCACCAGUCAUCCCUCUAUCGGAUCCCUAUCAUCCCUAUACUCAUUCUGGAGCUCUUUGCCAGGGCUAUCCAUCCAUUUUAUCGCGUCCCUGAUCCGCUCAGCUGUUCCCUCGCAAUCCGCGUUUUACAUCGCCCUGUCAAUUUAUCACCCCUUUUCACCAUUUCCUUCAUAUCUUACCCAUUCCUUCACCAAACCCUGUCCACCCUAGACUCAUUUUGAAGCUCUCAUUCGCCUCUUUCCAUCCAUUUACUCCCCAUCGCCUUUCAUGCAGCCAUUACCCUGUCCUACCCAUUCCCCCUGCCACAGUACUGAAGUGGUUCAC